AGAUGAACUAUGCUUUCCAAGAAACACGUUUUUUCUAGCUAAAAAUAUCUAACAAAAAAAAGUGACAGGAAAAAAUAAAUAUCUUCUUGGUUUCAAGCAACCAUCCAUUUGUUCCAAAAGAAGAAGAAGAAGAAGAAGAAGAAGAAGACCAGGCUUGUUUGCCUUUCAUUUUAUUUGGAAGAGAGCAUGGAAGAUAUCCUCUUCAGAGAAGCAGCAAUUGAACAUGGAGAUGAGCAACUGAAAGACCGGCAACAUGAACCAAGCUUCGGCUGGUGGCUGCUUCGACUGCAACAUAUGCCUGGACUUCGCCGUCGACCCUGUGGUUACCCUUUGUGGUCAUCUCUAUUGUUGGCCUUGCAUUUACAAGUGGUUGCAAGUCCAGGCUGAGGAGGUGGAACAGCAAUGCCCCGUCUGCAAAGCAACUCUCUCUGAGAAUACCUUGGUUCCGCUCUACGGCCGUGGCCAUUACACAACUGACGGCAAGCAAUCAAACAGUCAAGUGCCACAGCGCCGACCUGCGGUCAAGUAUGAUAAUAGUGAUAUACAACACCUUGUUCAUCACCACCAGCACCAACGGCGACAAUACCUUGAGAGUCACAUUGAUACUUACAAUGGUAAUCUGCAUUCUGGUUCGGCGGAGAAUAGAGUGAUGUCCUCCAGAGAUGUGCUUGGAGGGAUAGCUAGUGCGGUGGUUCCAUGGGCGUUCCGUGGACAAGCGCCAGGGAUGUACAACUUCAGCAUGAAUCAUCAGACGGGGAAUGUGGAGGACUUGAGACUGAGGCAGCAUGAAAUGGAGAGUGAGAAAUCACUGUACCAGAUCUGGAUCUUUCUCUCUUGCUGUGCAUUGCUGUGCCUCAUCCUCUUCUGAUCAUUUGAGACAACUCAUUGGUUUACUGUUCUGCUUGAAAUGCUGUAAAUAAGAUGUACGUAGAUGCUAAUAAGCAUGGCCUCAUCAAGCAAAUAAUUAGAAUCAUAGAUGCUAAGAUGAUUUUGAAAAGAGAGGUUGAGCGGUAUUGAUACCGAGAUGCUGAUGAUGGUUGAGUAGACACUGCAGGUAGUCUGUAUUUGCAUGAUUGCAUUACUUUUGAGAUUGUGUAAGCAUCUAGCAUAAACAAUGAGUUGUGAAUGUCUUCAUUUCACUUUUGAAAAAUCAA